AUAAGGUGAGUGAAAUUUGAGAUUGUAAUGAUUAAUAUAUGGAAGAGUGUGAGAUAGGAGCAGUUCACGUGAUGGGGGCGGCUAAGGUGCAGAUGUAAUUAAAUCUGCCCAUGCCCAGCCGCUGCCGGCUGGACAUAUGGAGUUCCCAACCAUAUCGGGAAUUUGGUUUUUUAAAUCCAUGAAACUCUCUCAUGUUGGAAUUCUUGGUUCUUCGAAAUGGACCCUUCGUACACCAUCCCCUACAUUAUUUAUGUCCACCCACCCGACUAUUAAAUAUAAAGCCAGAAAACACCUUUGAUAGUUUGAAAGGAAGCGAGGUGGAACCACGUCUUGCCUUCCACAAUGGCAUUCCAUCAGGUUCUACUAUUUCUGCUUAUGAUUCCAUCCAAAAGAUACUUGCUCUUUCUACCAGAGAUGGUCGAAUUAAGCUAUUUGGAAAAGACAAUUCUCAGGCUCUACUUGAGUCCAAGGAGGCAAUUCCUAGCAAGUUUUUGCAAUUCAUGGAGAACCAGGGAUUUCUUCUUAAUGUUACUUCAAAGAACGAAAUUGAGGUAUGGGAUAUAGACAGGAAGUUGGUGGCACAUGUGCAUGUUUUUGAGCAAGAAAUCACUUCUUUCACGAUCUUGCAACAGACUCCAUAUAUUUAUGUUGGAGAUUAUCUCGGUAAUGUAUCGGUUUUGAAGCUUGAUCAAAGUGUCUGCAACAUAAUACAAAUGAAGUACAUCAUACCUGUUUCAGCUUCACGCGGAAAUCCAGCGGAAGCUACCAGUGACAUUUCUUUGACCCACAUACUACCACAACCGACCUCUGAAUUUAAGAGAGUGCUUCUAAUAUUCAGUGAUGGCUUGAUUGCUUUGUGGGAUAUUAAAGAAUCUAAAUCUAUUUUCAUCACGGGUGGAAAUUCCAUGCUAUCACCAUAUCAAGAAGCAAAGAAGGUAACUUCUGCAUGUUGGGCUUGUCCUUUAGGAAGUAAAGUUGCUCUCGGGUAUAGCAACGGAGAUGUUUUGAUAUGGGCUAUUCUUCAUGGCCAUAAUCCAAAAGCUGAAUCACUGUCAGAAAAUAGCAAUCGAACAAGUCCUUUAUUUAAACUUAACCUUGGAUAUAAGUUGGACAAAAUUCCUAUAGUAUCACUCAGGUGUAAUUAUGUGGAUGCUAAAGCAAGUCGACUGUAUGUUAUGGGUGCCUCUUCAAACUCACUCCAGGUAGUCUUGUUGAAUGAGCAAAUUGAAUCUCGCAUGAUCAAACUGGGGCUUCAGCUGUCUGAACCUAGCAUUGACAUGGAAAUCAUUUCAAGCUCCAGUGAUCACAACAAGAACAAGCAAGAUUGUCUUCUAUUGCUUGGAAAAUCUGGCUGUGUUUACACUUAUGAUGAUUGCUUGAUUGAAAAAUAUCUCUUACAACAAAGUCAAUCAAGGUCGGCAAACUCACUUCCAAAAGAGGCUAUGCUUAAGAUUCCGUUCAUUGAUUCACACAUAACUGUCGCAAAUUUUUUCACCAACAUUUCUUGUUCUCCAUAUGCUUCAGAUGAGGAUUACAUUCAGCGGAUAAAAGACAUUCCUUCCCCUUUUCUUUCUGAAUCAAAAUCCAAGGAUGUAACUUAUUUGGAUUCAGUCCAAUUUGGUGGAUUUUCAAAGGUUGAAAAUUUAUAUAUAUCUGGACAUAAUGAUGGAAGCAUAAAUUUUUGGGAUGCAUCGUGUCCAAUUUUCAUCCCAAUCUAUUCAUUGCAACAACAGAGUGAAGAUGAUUUUUCUUUAAGUGGUAUUCCGGUGACAGCAUUGCAGUUUGAUGGCAGUUCUCCGAUUCUUGUUUCUGGAGAUCAUAGCGGAAUGGUCCGGGUCUUUAAAUUUCGACCAGAACCUUAUGCAGCAGACAACAGUUUUAUGCCUUUCCAAGGAAGUACAAAGAAACGGAACAGUCAUAUUAUCCAGAGUGUUAAACUUGUAAAAGUUGAUGGCUCGAUACUUGCAAUCAACAUAAGCCCCAGAUCAGAUCAUGUUGCUGUUGGAUCUGAUAGAGGAUAUGUUUCCCUAUUCAGCAUACAAGGAUCCGACCUUAUAUAUCAAAAACGUAUCACCAGUGAAAUAUCUACCGGUAUCAUUUCUUUGCAGUUUGAAAGCUGCAGUCUUCAGGGUUUUGACAAAAAUGUUAUCAUGAUUUCGACAAAGGAUUCUUCUAUUUUGGCUCUUGAUGGUGAAACGGGAAAUACAUUAAGUGCUAGCAUGGUUCAUCCAAAGAAACCCUCCAGAGCUCUAUUUAUGCAGAUUUUAUAUGGACAAGAUUCAUCAACCAGAGGAUCAGGAAUUCCAAAUGAUUUAGAACUGGGAAAAGGUAGUAAUCCAGGUGUGGAUAGUGUGCCAAAACAGUCCCUAGUAUUACUUUGUUCUGAGAAAGCUGCAUAUAUCUUUUCCUUCGUGCAUGCCGUUCAGGGAAUCAAGAAGGUUCUUUACAAGAAGAAGUUUCACUCGACAUGUUGUUGGGCAUCAACCUUCUACAGUGAAACAGAUGUUGGCCUCUUGCUUGUUUUUUCCACUGGGAAAAUUGAAAUAAGGUCCUUGCCAGAGUUAUCUCUCUUGAAGGAGACUUCAGUUAGAGGUUUCAAAUAUUCUCCUCCAAAAAUUAAUUCGUUGCCUGAAAGCAUUAUAUGUUCUUCCAAGGAUGGAGAACUUCUUAUGGUCAAUGGCGAUCAAGAAAUUUUUAUUGUCUCAGUAUUAUGCCACAAGAAAAUAUUUAGGAUUUUGGAUUCUGUCGGUCAUAUAUACAGGAAAGAUUAUACGCUUUCACAAGAAUUAACCACUGCUCACAAAGAAAAAAAGAAGGGUAUAUUUACUUCGGUUUUCCAAGAGAUAGCUGGAAACAAGGCAAAACAGGCUCCUGAUGUCGAAAUAGAAGAUACUAGAGAAAGUAUUGAAGAACUUUCCGUAAUCCUCUCAUCUUCCAACUUCCACGGAGACGUUAAGACCGCUGGUAGUGACAAGUUGGUUGCAAAUGAAGACAAGUCAGCAUUGGAUAUAGAUGACAUCGAUCUCGAAGAUCCAGUUGAAAAACCAAAAGAACAGAGCAUGUUGGCUUCUCUAAAUAAGCAGAAAUUGGCAAGUACAUUUAAUUCUUUUAAAGGAAAAUUAAAACAGAUGAAGAAAAACUCAGCCAAGGAAGAGCAAGCUGAUUGGAAUGCAGCAGGAGAUAACAAGGCAGCAGGUGCAGUUGAUCAAAUCAAGAAGAAGUACGGGUUUUCAUCGGCUGGUGAUACAAAUGUUGCAAAAAUGACAGAAAGCAAGCUACAAGAGAACGUAACGAAAUUACAGGGAAUCAACUUAAGAGCAACGGAUAUGCAAGACACAGCAAAGUCAUUUUCGUCCAUGGCAACUCAAUUACUCCGAACUGCCGAACAUGGAAAGAAAUCAUAAUAUAUUUGUUUCCAUUUGAUUUCCCUUUUUUUUUUUUUUUUUUUUUUUUUUUUUUUUUAUUUGCAUUUGGUUGUCCAUAAAUGAAAUAUAAUAUAUACAUAAAAGACUUGGGUGGGGUACUAAAACUGUCUCCUAGUUUUUGUGUGGAGGUUAGGCCACCACCCAAUCCUCAAAAUUCGAAUUGUUUUCUUCCAAACAACUACUAUCUUUUCCUUGCUUUAUUUUUUCUUUUUUCAAAUUAGAAGUUCAAUUACUACUUUAAUAGAAAUAAAAACUCCACAUCUCUCUCAUUUACUA